CAGCCGCGGCGUGGCUUGGGGGGCGGCGGCUGCAUUUGCAGAGUUAUGGCCCGGGAGACGACUUUGCGCGCUUACGAGUUACUGGAUUAUUGCAGCCAGGCCAGGAGGAAACCCAGUUCAUGUUUUGAAAUCAGCCUAAACGAGUACUUAAUCCGGGCGAGGUCGAUUCGGAUUGAGGUGGAAGGGGUGGGGUGCACGUCUUUUUCUUACUUCGUGUAUAACACGCAAGCUAGUUGGGUGAGGAAUGCGCACCCCAAAGCCUCUCGUAUGUAAGGUUCUUGAGGAUUCCCGGUGAAAAAUCCUGGCGGCUUGGGGAAGUUCUCUCCACCAGUUGCUGCGACGGGGGCAGGGCUAACGAGGAAGCCAUAAACAGUCUUCUUGCCCUGGGGCGGCGGGGGGGGGGCGGUAAGGAGCGGGAAGGGGGCUCACUGGGAGCCGGGGCAUACCUUUUGUGAGUUCAUACUUUAGGGCUCAAUUUUAAGGCUCUGCCCUUUGCAAUUUUGAUUAAGAGCUUUCUGCCAGAAAUAAGUGCACAGCUGUUGUUUCUCUACCUUAAACUUCUUAACUGUAUAAGUUUGUGUCUCUGAGGUCAUUCUUGUGUUCUUCAGUGGCUAACAUGGGACUGGGUGCAGGAAGAGAAAUGAGUGAAGGAAUUGAAGGGCUCAGGUCCUGUCCCCCUUAACCCAUGAGGACAAGCUGGUUGUUGUGUCGUCCAUCCCCCCCCCCUUUUGUUUUGCACUUUCUUAGUGGUGUGCAUUACUGGGGGUGGGGGUGCCCCUGAAGAGAUCUGAGAUCUCUGCUGUGCUGCUUGAAGUGAGUUUCUCACAGGCUUUCCAGGGUCCAGGAAAGGAAGGACUCCAAGGAUCAAGCCCCAAGCCCCAGUGACCUUUUUUGAGUGGCCCUGAGUGUGGCCUCUCAUUCGCAAAUAGAGGCCUGUUUGCUGUUUGUUCUGUUGGAGGCCUUGAUGUGCACUGUUGGCUGUAGAUCAUGAGAGGUGAGGUACAAGCUUGACAGUUCAGGAGGUGGGGGUAAUUUCUUCCUGACCUUGCUUAUAAACUCCGGGUCCACUGCUUUAGCAAGACACCAGGAAUCUGUGGCGAUCCAGACCUAGCCCCACAUCCGGGGAAUUCAGGAGAAAGGCAUUAAAAAGCUUUUGUAGGGUGGAUGACCAGGGGGUGUGCCAGUUCGUUCAUUUCCCUACCUAUAUAUCUAUUUACUUUAUUUAUUUUACUUUUAGGAGAUGCCAGGUUUACUUUCACAAAGAGUAACUGCUUUCUUUCCACAGUGCAGUAUCCUGUUUUGGAAAUGAGCUUUGAAUGAGGGAUGGAGCUUGUAAAAGUGUCCUCCCUCCCUUAGAUGGUGAAAAUGGGGGGGAGUGCUGAAAGGAAAGGCCCUGCCUGGCUUGCCUCUACUCCGGCUUCUGUAAGCCUGGAGCUGUGCCCCCAGGGGCUCUCAGGGUUACCUUGUCCACUUCCUGGUUUACUGUGUCACAGCCUUCCCAGGGGAGGGUGGCCCAAGGUCACAAGUGUUACCCACUGUUCAGAUAAGUGCUGGUUAUCCAGAUCUCACCUUAGAAGGAAGAGCCGCGGGGAACUAUGAGUGGGAAAACAGGAUCCAGUGGAGACCUCCACAAUUCAGAAGGUUAUGGCAGAGAGAAGAGAAGUUGACUGAGCUCUUCAGGUGCCUGAUUGGGCCCAGAAAUGGGAUGCCAAGCCUCCACGAGGAGCGCCUCUUUGAGCUGCUGCUGUGACAGCAAGUGACUAAGCUGCCAGAGGAUGUCCACUACAGCGGCUGCCCCCACGGGGAUCCCGGCAGUCCCGGGCCCCGUGAACCCUCCCCCACCUGAGGUCUCCAACCCCAGCAAGCCCGGGCGAAAGACUAACCAACUGCAGUACAUGCAGAAUGUAGUGGUGAAGACACUCUGGAAACAUCAGUUUGCCUGGCCUUUCUACCAGCCUGUGGAUGCAAUCAAGCUGAACCUGCCUGAUUAUCAUAAAAUAAUAAAAAACCCAAUGGACAUGGGGACUAUCAAGAAGAGACUAGAAAAUAAUUAUUAUUGGAGUGCCAGUGAGUGUAUGCAGGACUUCAACACCAUGUUUACAAACUGUUAUAUUUAUAAUAAGCCCACAGAUGAUAUAGUGCUAAUGGCCCAGGCCUUAGAGAAAAUCUUUCUGCAGAAAGUGGCCCAGAUGCCUCAGGAGGAAGUUGAACUAUUGCCCCCUGCUCCAAAGGGCAAAGGCCGGAAGCCAGCUGCAGGAGCCCAAAAUGCAGGUUCCCAACAAGUGGCAGCUGUGUCUUCGGUCUCCCCAGCAACCCCCUUCCAGAACAUACCCCCCACCGUGUCCCAGACACCCGUCAUUGCCGCUACCCCUGUACCAACCAUCACUGCAAACGUCACGUCAGUUCCAGUCCCCCCACCCGCUGCACCGCCUCCUCCUGCGACACCCAUCGUCCCUGUGGUCCCUCCCACACCGCCUGUAGUCAAGAAAAAGGGCGUGAAGCGGAAAGCAGACACAACCACACCCACAACAUCUGCCAUCACUGCCAGCCGGAGUGAGUCUCCCCCACCACUUUCAGAGCCCAAGCAAGCCAAGGUAGUGGCCCGAAGGGAGAGCGGGGGCCGCCCCAUCAAACCUCCCAAGAAGGACCUGGAAGAUGGUGAGGUCCCACAGCACGCGGGUAAAAAGGGAAAACUGUCCGAGCACCUGCGGCACUGUGACAGCAUCCUCCGGGAGAUGCUGUCCAAGAAGCAUGCUGCCUAUGCGUGGCCCUUUUACAAGCCAGUGGACGCGGAGGCGCUGGAGCUGCAUGACUACCAUGACAUCAUCAAGCACCCCAUGGACCUCAGCACGGUCAAAAGGAAGAUGGAUAGCCGAGAGUACCCAGAUGCACAGGGCUUUGCUGCUGAUAUCCGGUUAAUGUUCUCGAAUUGUUAUAAGUACAACCCUCCAGACCACGAAGUGGUGGCCAUGGCCAGGAAGCUCCAGGAUGUGUUUGAGAUGAGGUUUGCCAAGAUGCCCGAUGAGCCCAUGGAGGCGCCUGCGCUGCCCGCUCCCACGGCCCCCAUCGUGAGCAAGGGGGCUGAGAGCAGCCGCAGUAGUGAGGAGAGCUCUUCAGAUUCAGGCAGCUCAGACUCAGAAGAGGAGCGAGCCACUCGGCUGGCUGAGCUGCAGGAGCAGACUGGCUGCGGAGCCUUCCAGGAUCAGCUGUUGAAUGUCUCCUCUGUGCAGCUGAAGGCCGUGCACGAACAGCUGGCUGCCUUGUCUCAGGCCCCAGUGAACAAACCAAAGAAGAAGAAAGAGAAGAAGGAAAAGGAAAAGAAGAAGAAAGACAAGGACAAAGACAAAGAGAAGGAGAAGCACAAGGCCAAGUCUGAGGAGGAGAAGAAGGCCAAGGCAGCCCCAGCAGCCAAGCAGGCCCAGCAGAAAAAGGCUCCCACCAAGAAGGCCAACAGCACAACCACAGCCAGCAGACAGCUCAAGAAGGGCGGCAAGCAGGCAUCUGCGUCCUAUGACUCAGAGGAAGAGGAGGAGGGCCUGCCCAUGAGCUAUGAUGAAAAGCGACAACUUAGCCUUGACAUCAACCGGCUGCCCGGCGAGAAGCUAGGGCGUGUGGUGCACAUCAUUCAGUCUCGGGAGCCCUCGCUUCGGGACUCAAACCCAGACGAGAUUGAGAUUGACUUUGAGACCCUGAAGCCAACCACGCUGCGGGAACUGGAGAGAUAUGUCAAGUCUUGUUUACAAAAAAAGCAGAGGAAACCAUUGUCAACAAGCGGGAAGAAGCAGGCAGCCAAAUCGAAAGAGGAGCUAGCUCAGGAGAAGAAAAAGGAGCUGGAGAAGCGGCUGCAGGAUGUCAGUGGACAACUGAACAGCAAAAAACCCACUAAGAAAGAGAAGUCCGGCUCAGCUCCCUCAGGAGGCCCAUCAAGGCUCAGCAGUAGCAGCUCCUCUGAGUCUGCGAGCAGUAGCUCCAGUGGAUCGAGCUCCGACAGCAGUGACUCAGAGUGAACUCGGACUGGGACAGAGCUGGACAGAUGGACGUGGUGCACGCCAACGCAGUGUCCCCUCCUAUGGUUAAUAUACUUUCGUUCCAUGGUGUGCAGGUUUUCUUUUACUUCAGUGUUAUGAUCUCUUCCAGCUGUGCUCCAGUAGGGCGGAGAGCCUCGCACGUGCACCAGACCCCAUGAGAGGGCCGAGCUCUGCGAGGGGGAAAUGCCUUUGCAGCUCCAUUUAGUUGUUUGGAGACUGCUCCUGGGAUGCUAACCUGAUGGCCAUAGACACGGUGGGCUGGAGGCGUGGCUGGAUCUGCCCAAUCCUUCCUCAGGACCAGCCUCUCCCUUAGUAACUUGAAGGAAGCUUUGCAAGGGUGUUUCUCUGGAAUGGGUUCUGUGUUUGAAAGCUGUUAGAACACUAACCAGCAGGUUACUUCUCUCCGCAGGGGCUGAAGACAGAUGUGUCAGCCCAUGGGAACCAGCCUGGGCCCUAGUGGAGGGUCCUGGUAGCUGCAGACCAGAGCCUCACACCUCUGGGUUGGGUGUGGAGGAAGAGGGGUACUGAGUUCCCUGGUCCUUUGGCUGUGUGUGCAGCGUGCAGAUUUCGGGACACCGAAACUUUUACCUCAACUUAAGGGAAUAAAAACAAACAAACAAAAAAAGAUUAAAAAAAAAAACAAAACAAAAAAAACAAAACAAAAACAAACCUUUUUUGUAAGUUCAUCCAUUUUCUACAGAAGUCCAGCCCAGAGUCCCCACUUUGCUAGUGCUGCCUGGCUGCCACCGCCUAACGCUCUGAACCACCACCCCAGGUUUAUGUAUAUAUAAAUACUUUAUUUAUUAACAUCAUUGGUCAUUUUUUAAAAAAUGAAAAAGAAAAAAAAGAAGAGAAAAACCCAUAAAUAAGUGCAUUGAGAAGAACAUGGAGAGGAUGCUGUCCUCUGCAACAGAGACAGGCCCGUGGCGGGGCGCCUCUGGUCCUGGUGCUCAUCACGGCUGGCUUCUCUGAGCUCAUUGGCUGUUUGUUUGUUUGGUUUUUUUUUUUUUUUUUAAUGAAAUGUGGGGACUUUGCAAGCGUAGACGCCCUUCAGCUGUAGCACAUCUUCAUUUUAUAGUAUCUAUUCAGUUUGUUCUUACUAACUUCUGGUCUUUUAAAAGACGUCAACGGAGGAACCUCGGUUCUUCAACACAAGCUUUGUAUGUAAGCCGAGAGAAAAGUCAUGUAUAUCAGGCCUAGGUCUUGACACUUAAUUUUCUAUUGUAAAAAGUAAUAAUAUACAGAGUCUAACAGAAGGUCCUGUUGGGUUUGUUGUUUUUGAGGCUGCCGAAUGGUUUUGGAAUGCAGGGUCAGCCUUGGAGUAUCUCUGAGCAUUGUGGCCUCAGCCAGGAGCGCACUGGCCAGUCUCCCAGGCCUGGAAGCACUGCAGUGUGCAGAGGCUCUCCUUGACCUUUCUACUUUUGACACGGGUCCCUGUUCGAGAAUUUCCAGUUAGCCCCAGAAGAGACUGGUUCUCCUGACCCCCACCCGAGAGCGAGAGCGCCAAGUGCAGGGCCUUGUGUUGUGUGGUUUUACUUGGGCUGGGGGUGGUUCUUGCGGUUUCUUCCAUUGCUUCUAGGCAGAGCCAAGGACUCAUCCUCACCAUCCAUACAUGGGAGAUAUUUAAAGUUUCUAAAGUCGAUCCCACCAGCCCUCGAUGUGCACAGGCAGUGGGUGUCAAGCUCGGGAAGUGGCUGGCUGGCUGGCUGGCAUGUCUAGACGCCUGGUGAGUUAUCAGCCAGUUAAACUUGUAAGCCAGUUUUGUUUAUAAUAAAGAUAUAAGUGGAUUUUAAGGUUCCAUUUUUUUAAGGUUACCCUUGUUUUUCAAAGGUAUUUUUUAAACAGAUCUUUAAUAGAAUAUUUAAGCUGUGACUGUAAGAAAUAAACAAGAGUAAACUGACAGGCCUUCCUUCACGUGGGGUCUCAGUGGUGGCCUACCAUGACAGCUUGGUCAGUGUGCCUAGGCAGGGCACAUUGCCUGGGCAUGUGUAGAGUGAGUGCCCCUGUGAGCUGCUAGGCAAGCAGAGUCUGGCUCUGAGGUGAUGUCCCCGCAGCAGGGUGGUGGUACAGAGCUGGGCAUAGGGUGGAGGUCUGGCAUUCCUGUGGCUGUGGUCCCUAGUAAGCAGCCUUGGUCAUUGGUGCUUUUAACUUUUUUUUUUUUUCUUUUUGUCCAGACUUAAAUUGUUUUGUCUUCAGAGUUUUGGAGGACCCCGGUCCCCACAAUGCCAGGCUGCAGGAUAACUGCCAUCCCCUUCUGUGAGUUAUGUACGGGGACUUAGACUGUCCUGUGCAGAGGUGGAGGGCAGCUGUCUACAGGCUUCCUAGAGGUCACAUGCAGGACUGGGGUGGCCACUUGGCAGAGUCCUUGGGGUUCAGACCUCCACAGGCUAGGUAGCUCAGCUUGCUUACAGACUGGAGACAUUUUCUUGUGUGGUUUUCUGGGUUUCGUCCUUCUGCAGCUGUCAUGGCUUUACAGUCACUUGGGAAAUGCAAGCCACUGUUAAAGCUUUGUCCUGUUCAUCACUGUCCCUGCUCCUGGCAUAACACUUCCAGAGGCUUUCCUUUUUUAUAUAUAUAUCUAUAUAUAUAUAUAUUUAAAACGUUUCUUUUCUGUAUGAUGUGCAUGCAAGUUUACCGUAACUUUUCUUAAACUUUUUAGUGCCGUUUCUAGUAUAUUCCUGUAAAUGUCAGUUACUGAAAAUGAGUCCAUUGUAAGUAGUUUAGCUUGUUUUUUGCAAUGCCGGCCUCAACACCACAGAGUAAAAAAAAAAAAAAAACGGUAGGAAGUACUCUGGUGUCUCUGGUAAUCAUGAACCUUUCUCCUAGGGUGUUUGUUUUGUUUUCAUAAUAAAAAGGGAAAGAAGAUUG